CCAUAUCUUACAAAAAAAACAUCAUUUGCCUGCGUUUGAAUCAUAGACAGUUCACACUUGCAUAACGAGUUCGCAGCAAUCAAUCAAAUAAAGGAGAGAAACGAAGCAGGCUCGAGUUUGUCAGGAGGCUUUUAUUUUCCUUCUGAGUGGGGCGUGUACUCCGUUCAGCAAGCGACAACUCUCAAAAAUAUUUUGGCAGCGUGCAUUUAUUAUAGGACCGAAUUUGUCAAAACAACUUUUGAAGUGAAAAAAAAGUACUUUUGAAGGAGGUAUAUAUCUAUCUCUAUCUCUAUAUGUAUUAUAUAUAUAAUUAACAUUCAGUACUGACACUCUAAACGAGACCGACUGGUGAUUUUUUGUGAUAUACCCGUGGCCACUGCAGCCUUCCUUACCAGCUGAGAACCGUAAACCUAUUUUCGUCUUCGUUCUUGUGCACAUAUGCAGCGGCAAUGCUACGGAUACUAAUUUGACAACUCGUUUGGAGUGACUUGAUCUCGCGUUUUCUGCUGAAUGGUGUUGAAGAAAUGGCCUAGAAUCGCCCCGUGUCAGAAAUUAAAUAAAAAAAAAAGAUAUGAUUGCACCCGUGGAAACUAAUGGAUGAGAGAGUACAGAGUUUUAAUGGAGACGAGAGUCUGAAACUUGCAAGGUUUUGUGACCGAGGAGGAGAUACAGCCUCCAGGGGUGGAGUAAGCACAAUGUCAACUUCCACAGAAUCCACAGUGGCUCAAGCAAGCACCAGUCUACACACAGUUGCCAGUGACAUUUCAAAUGGAGUAGGUAGCCAUGCCCCCCAGAGGGAGCUUAUGACAGCCGUUUCUACCUCCAUGGGGCUUUACAUGGAGUACACAGAUUCAAAAGUGCUAGGGAGUAACUUGGGAAUUCAGCAGCCGCAGACCCCAGGCAGUUUAACUUUAGGGGAAACCAACUUCACUCUAUUGGAAGAGAGCAUUGCAAACCUAAACAGGUCCUCCGGCGGUAUCGAUUCACUGAGCGCUGGAUCUGACCCGUUUACGUUGAAAUCUGAGGAUUAUUUGCCCAUGGAUAAGAGUGUUCUGGCUCUAGACCAGGAUUCCUUUGCACAGGUUGGGAAAGACUCCAGUGUCAGCCCAAGGUUCUUUAAUGAUGACCAAAACACGCUUGACCUCUUGCAGGAGUAUGAUUUGCCCGUCUCUCCGAAAGGAGAGAUGAACGGGAGCCCUUGGAACUUAAAUGCUUUCUAUGGCGAGGACGAUGACUCUUUGCUUUCCCCGCUGGUCACAGAGGACCCCUUUCUUGCGGAUAUAACUAAAGACACCAAACCAACAAUAAUAAACAACAGUAGCUUAAUAACUAAUAACAAAAACGGCGGGGAUCAACAGCUACUUAAUCCCCCUGUCCCCACUAUAAAAUUGGAGAAAGAGAGCUUCAUCGAGUUGUCCACACCUGGAGUAGUAAAGCAGGAGAAUGCAAGCAGGAGCUACUGUCAGAUGAGCGGCUCUUCAUCUGACAUGUCAAGCCCUCUUACUGUCCCCAUUUCUGUUUGUGGGGUCAGCACCUCUGGCGGACAGACAUACCACUAUGGAGUGAGUGCCUCUCAGGCUGUGAAUUUACAGCAGCAGGAUCAGAAGCCUGUUUUUAAUAUGUACCCACCUCUCACUACGGUGGUUGAUGGGUGGAAUAGGAGCCAAGGAUUUGGGGAAGCUACUGUGAGUCAGACGGGGAAUGAAACCUUUUCCAUCCAGGGUUUGCCUAAUCCCAACUACCUAAGUCCUACGAGUCGGCAAGAUUCUGGUUCUUCUGCGGCAGCCUCCACCAAGUCUACUCACAAGACCUGUCUUGUGUGCUCGGAUGAAGCUUCUGGGUGCCAUUAUGGGGUCCUUACAUGUGGGAGCUGCAAAGUGUUUUUUAAAAGGGCAGUAGAAGGAUGGAGGGCUCGGCAAAACAUGGAUGGACAACACAAUUAUUUGUGUGCUGGGAGAAAUGACUGCAUCAUCGACAAGAUUCGCAGGAAAAACUGUCCUGCGUGCCGGUUUCGGAAGUGUCUGCAGGCGGGGAUGAACUUAGAAGCACGGAAAACAAAGAAGCUCAACAAAUUGAAGGGAAUUCAGGCGCCCGUUGAGCAAGCAACACCGCUACCAGAUGAGCGGUCACAGGCGCUGGUCCCCAAAUCGAUGCCACAGCUAACGCCAACCAUGCUGUCACUCUUGGAGGCCAUCGAGCCAGAAAUUAUCUACUCGGGAUACGACAGCACCAUACCUGACACGUCCACGCGCCUUAUGAGCACACUGAACAGGCUAGGGGGAAGACAAGUGGUAGCUGCAGUAAAGUGGGCAAAGUCAUUACCAGGGUUUAGAAGCCUGCACCUUGAUGAUCAGAUGACCCUGCUGCAGUGUUCCUGGCUGUUUCUCAUGUCUUUUAGUCUGGGUUGGAGAUCCUACAAGCAGUCUAAUGGAAGCAUGUUGUGCUUUGCACCAGACCUAGUCAUAAACGACGAGAGAAUGAAGCUCCCUUACAUGUUUGAACAGUGUGAACAAAUGCUGAAGAUUUCAAACGAGUUAGUACGACUUCAGCUUUCAUAUGAUGAAUACCUCUGCAUGAAGGUUCUGUUGCUGCUCAGUUCAGUUCCUAAAGAGGGUCUGAAGAGCCAAGGUGUCUUUGAUGAGAUCCGCAUGACCUACAUCAAGGAGCUUGGAAAAGCCAUCGUCAAGAGAGAGGAAAACUCCAGUCAAAAUUGGCAGAGGUUUUAUCAGCUGACAAAACUCCUAGACUCAAUGCAUGAAUUGGUUGGUGGACUUUUAAAUUUCUGCUUCUACACGUUUGUGAACAAAUCACUCAGUGUGGAGUUUCCUGAGAUGUUGGCUGAAAUGAUCAGCAACCAGUUACCAAAAUUCAAAGCCGGGAGUGUCAAGUCACUUCUUUUUCAUCAAAAAUGACUGCCUUACAACAUGAAAAAUUGCCUUAAAUGAUCUGUGCUUGUUGUUUCUAUCCCUCUGACUGUCAUGCUUGGAGUAUAAUGCUCAAUUGAUUGUUUAGGCACAGUAUGCACUACAUGCGGUUCACAGAUGUCAGCUUGGGUGCUAAGGAUGCUGGCAGAUCACCACUUGGAAAAAAUAAUAAUUCAUUAGAUGGUGAUUUUGCUUUUAAACUGCUGGAAUGUUUAAUUGGCCAGAAAAAAAAGAAAACAUUGUACUUUUUUUUUCAAGAAUAUUUUGUAUAGUUAAACUACAGUAUAAGAUUUGAAUUUAUGCAUGCAAACUGAUAGAAGUUUACAAUUGUAUAUCAGAAAAGGGAAAAGCUGUGCCUUUUAUUUUUAAAAGCUUUUGCCGUCCUGAUUUUCGCCAUUUUUGUAACAGUCCACUGUCAGUAUGUUGCACACAGAAGGUUAUGCUUGCUUUCCUUAUUUGUAUGUAUUUUUUUUUAUAUUACUUGCACUUUUUGUGAUGAUUAACCUUUUGUUUUAAAGCCAUCUUGGUUUCUUUUGAAGUGGGGCAGCUGGAGAUCUGAAAUAAGUGAUCGUUACGCAUUAGAUGUGAGAGAGGUUGUUUUUCCCUUGCUGCUUUGGUAUGUUUCGUUUCCCCAUGUUUGAUCCCCCACCAGCACCCUGAUUUUUGCAGAUCCCAUCAUUGCAUUGUAUUCUAUAUCCAUGUGUCUAAAAAAAAGUUUUGAUCUCCUCUUCAUUGCACAACACAUGCUUGAUGAUAAAUUAAGCAAAAAUCAUUGCGUGUUGGGUGAUUUUAAAGCUGAUUUUAAAUUUCAUUGUUGAUGCACCGGCUCAGUGCUGUCUAGGCUGGCAGUUCUUUUAUUUUUUACGUCAUUGUUUUUUUUUCGCAUGCUGUCAAAGUUUUGUAAUUCUCAGGCAUCUGUUUUCUCUUCCCCACCUCUAAGGCAAUGUUUCCUUUUAUAAAUAUAUCUUAUCCAGCACUGCUUUAUUACCAAGCAGCUCCAUGUUGGCUUAUUUGUUAUUGUCACUGAGACACACAUGUUUAUUCCAGUUAAGCCUGAUUCCCUUACUGUUUAAUUGGUAAUUUUGUUGAAUGUCAGUCCAUUUUUAGACAUUGAAUGAAGGGGGAUAUAUAAAAUAAAAAAUACAUACAGCAAUUGUGAUGCUGUGAUAUAUCAAUUGCAGUAUAGUGUUACUGUUAGUAUAUUAAUAAGUAUUUUAAGUAUCUUAUGAAAGCAAUUUACAUCCAUUACUUAAGCGUAUAAUGAAUGUUAGUGAAAGUUCUCUUAAGAUCAAACUGGGGGAAACAAGUAUGAAGCUUAUUAAUAUCAAAGAGCAGACAAAUGAUUCUAGCCUGUUGUUUUAAAGUGUGCUGCCUAUCUUACUGGCAUGUCAUCAGUGUAUUCUUACAGCCAGCUGCAACAAGUUAGCAGACAGGUCUGUCUGUACAAUCAGCAUGGGAUUUUCCACCGUUUUUCACACAUUGUGCUUGCUCAAGUUCUAUAUUGGAGAAGAGAUGAGCGUUCAAGUCCUCUGUUGUUGAUGGUUUGCUAGAUUAAUUUCUGUAAUAAAUACUGGGGUCCGGUUUGGUUUGGACCUGUCGCAUCUCAUCCCUCCUGUUUCAAAUCUCGAGUGCCAUACAGUUUGUUACUUUUUUUUAAUUUAAUGUAAGUCAGAAACUGUGCUUGUCUUAACAGACUGCUUUUGUUAAAAACUCUGAAGGCUGCAGAACCCCCUUCAGCCUUUAAAUAACGCUUACAAAACAAUAAGGCAGUCAUGUGAUCAAAAGGUAUGGUAAUCCGCUUUGCAAAACAGAUUAUAUUAUAUUCAUUUCAACAGUUUGGACUCUUGUUGCACCAGCUUACAGACGUUUGCAGUAUAGACGUUCUUAAUCACAUCACAGUCGUGAAAAGCAUAAUAUACAAAAUAAAAUGAUAACCAGCAUGUUUCCAUGUUUAUUCACAGUGUAUUUUCCAUACGUUUUUAUAUAAAUUACUAGCUCUGCAAUGUGCUAGAGGGGACUCUGCAGCUUUACACAGCAUAAAGAUAAAUGAAUGUAUGAUACGAUUGUACAGUGUAAAGCUGAAUGUAAUUAUUUUUUAUUGAACUUUUUCAGAAAAAAUAUAUAUAUAUUAUAAACCAGAUAUAUUCUGUAAACAGCAGAUGUAGUUGUACAUAAAUUAGAGAGAGUAACUGAAAAAUAAAUCUACAGGCAAAAGUAAUACUUUUGUUUCAAUUCAAAUAAGUCAGAUGAAUAUGUUUUAUAGAAUGGUAGAAUGCUGUUUUUAACAAGUUUCAGCAUGAGAACUAAACCUACAUGCAAUACCCUUUAAAAAUAAAUAUUUAUUAAACAUAAAUAUAUGUUACAUUCCUGUUCAGUAUUUCUUUUAACUUUACCACUGAAACUAGUAAUUUGCUGCAAGCCUUUAUGCAGAUCAUGUUGGGCGUUGCAAGAGGAAACUUACCAUGGCUCAGAGUCACCAAGAGUUCUGUUAAGAGGAAUGUUGAGGUGGAAUUCUCUUUGGGAUAAAAGGCAUUGUUCUGUGUGAGAAUGAAGAAUGUAAGCUAUUGCAGUUAUUUAUGUCAGAAUUAGAGAACAUACCAACAAUAUGCCCCUUGAUAAUUUCCUCAGAUUUACCCCCAAAAUAAUCAUACCAUGUUACCAAGAAAUGCAUUCACGGUAACUUUCACAUGCAGUAGGCAUAGGCUGAUUUUUAUAUAUAUAUAUAUAUAUAUAUAUAUAUAUAUAUAUAUAUAUAUA